GUCGUUAGCAGUUGGGUGUUUUGAUCAGAUCCGACCAAAAUCUAAAGAAGGAUCCGUUUUGAUCAGAUCAGUAUUGUUUUUUUUUUAAUCGAGAGAUUGGGAAGGUGAAGAGAGGAAGAUGAGCGAGGUAUUUGAAGGGUACGAGAGACAGUACUGCGAGCUCUCAACCAAUCUCACCAGAAAAUGUCAUUCUGCAUCGCUUCUCUCCCACGGAGAAGAGAAGAAGGAGAAGCUUGUUGAGAUUAAGUCUGGAAUGGAUGAAGCUGAUGUCUUGAUUCGGAAAAUGGAUCUUGAGGCAAGAAGUUUGCAGCCGAGUGCUAAAGCUGUCUGUCUUUCUAAACUAAGAGAGUAUAAAUCUGACCUGAACCAAUUGAAGAAGGAGUUCAAACGAGUGUCUUCCCCUGAUGCUAAUCAAUCUACACGUGAAGAACUGAUGGAAUCCGGAAUGGCGGAUAUGCCUGCGGUAUCAGCUAAUCAGAGUGGGAGACUAGCAAUGUCAAUGGAGAGGCUUGACCAAUCAAGCGACAGGAUCAGGGAGAGUAGAAGAUUAAUGCUGGAGACAGAAGAGGUUGGCAUCUCAGUUGUUGAAAAUCUUAGUCAGCAACGCCAAACCCUCCUUCACGCUCACUCUAAGCUUCAGGGUGUGGAUGAUGCCAUUGACAAGAGCAAGAAAGUGUUGACUGCUAUGUCUAGAAGAAUGACGAGGAACAAAUGGAUCGUUGGUUCGGUUAUCGUUGCUCUCAUUCUCGCCAUCAUCUUGAUCAUCUCAUACAAGCUUUCUCAUUAACAUACUCAAAAAAACAUAUAUAUUCAUCGUGAUUGUGUGUGUAUAUAUGAUGAUUGAUUCCUUUGUAAUGGGCCCCAUAUGUUAACUUGUGUUCCAAAGAAUCCUUGUGUAUUGGAGUGGAAAUACCAACACU